AUGGAACAGCCCAGGCCAGUCAAGUCAGAGGGCACCCAGGUCCUGGUCCUGGGUUUAGAUGGAGCGGGCAAGUCCAGCCUGCUGUACUGCUUGGCCAUCGGAAGCCUGGAUGUGGAUUUGGAGCCCACACAGGGCUUCAACGCUGUGUGCAUCAACAGGGAAGACCUGCAGGUGGACUUCCUGGAGAGUAUGUCACAGCCAUGCAGUACCUCUGAGUCCCCCUGGGGGGCGCAUUUAGUCAGUCUUCUUUUCUUUUGUCUGUCAGUUGGCGGGGGGGCGGAGUUAAGACCUCACUGGCACAGGUACAUGUCUAAGGCUCUGUUGCUGGUUUUUGUGGUGGACUUGUCCGCCCCGCACCUCUUCGCCGUCGCCAAGACGCUGCUACAUGACCUCCUGACCCCUGACCCUAGCCUGCCGCUGAUGGUGCUGGCCAACAAGCAGGACCUUCCGGGCGCUUGCGGCAUCACCGACCUUCACGACGCCUUGGAGCUUUCCCACGUGGGAGACCGCAAGAUGUUCCUCAUUGGCACGUGCGUGAAGAAAGGGGAGGCGGAGCUUAGCUCCGGCGUCCGGGACGCUCGAGAGCUCAUCAUCCAGUUGGUCGGCUGCAAGUAAAAGUCACAAAUUCUUUUUAGUUUUAUUUUCUCAACAAAGCUGGAGUUUGUUAUCCAUCCAAAUCUUCAUUGGACCUUUUCACAACUUUGACAAAUACAUGAAUGAUGUCAUAUUAAUAUACGUUUUUAUUUUUCUACCAAAACCUUUCAACACAAGCAAAUAUUUUUUACUUUCCUAAAAGUCUUUAAACUACAUGACUUCAUUCUGACAUGUUUACUAUUGUUCUCUACUACUAAUACUCAUUCCAACCGCUAGGAGUCGCCAAAGUGCUAGGCAACACGCAGGGAAGAAAGCACACAAAACUUAUCGAAUGUAUUUUUACACCACUUUUCAAUAUUUCUUGACAAAUAAAGGGCGAUAUAUUUUUAGUCUUGUCACAUGUUUACUUAGAAAUAUUCAAAUAGUUCUCCCCAUGUAUACUUUCUUUGUACUUUGUGUGGAGUGUGUACUAUUACUGCAAAU